GGUAAUCCCAAUAAAAAAACCUUAAAAAAAUUCGCUCUGCAAUAGUGGAAUCAGUUUUAAUGGAGAGUCUUCCCUUUCUCAGUGAAAGUUUUCCUCCCACACGGAACAACCAUAACAAUAUACACCCUUAAAAAUAAAAAGGUGAAUCAAUAAUUCGUUUUUUUUAUUAUUUUGGAAUUUUUGCUUUGAAUCUCGAAAUCAUAUCCAAUCGAAGUUUCAAUCAACAGCAGAUUUUCUCACUUGGUGGUGCGGGAUUAUAAUGCACCAAGUACCAGUACUUUUAUAUGGGCAUUGGACAUAAGUAAAAGGAAUGGGUGGUUGCUGCUGUUGCUCUUCCAAGGGAGUUGAAAUAAGUAGUGCACCAGGAUAUUAUUAUUACCCAAGAGCCUCAGAUGAGCGUGUGCCUUUAUCUUCUCACAGUGGUGCUGCCUCUGCCCUCUCCACUGGACUCCUGGUUGACACAAAUCUGGAAGUAUCAGUUCCCGAUGCUUAUAGACCCCCUCCUGCUCCAAUGCCGUUUGAUGCAGUUUUAGGACCUUCUCAAAAUCCAUCAGUGGCCCAAGGAAUUCACAACAGUAAGAGUGAUGAAGCGGUGCAAACAACACAUGUUGAUUCCGGUCAAGAAACAGUUGGUGUGGACACUCGAGAGACUUCUAUAAAAUCUGAGGACACUAAGGAAUCAGACUGCAAAGCACAAUUCAAUACUGAAAUUGAGUCACCAAAAGGGCUAGAAGUUGAACUUUCAAAACCAGUUGAAUCAAUUGCGCCUACAAAGGAGGAGGAGGAUGUUUGUCCAACCUGUUUGGAAGAGUAUGAUGCAGAAAAUCCAAAAAUUAUCACAAAAUGUGAACAUCAUUUUCACCUUGCAUGUAUUCUUGAAUGGAUGGAAAGAAGUGACACUUGUCCUGUGUGUGAUAAGGAAAUGAUAUUCGACCUAACCACUUAAUAGUGUCCUGGUGGUGGACUCAGCUUUAGCUUCUUCAAAUUAAGUGUGUUUCAGAGGUUUCAACAUACCAAACACAUCAGAAUUUCAGUUUUUACUUUUUCCCCUCAUUUGUCACCCUAUUAGUGGCUUCUGCAGAUUUGGCGAUAGUUUGGUUUUGGAUUUCUCUUUCUUCAUUUUCUUAGUUUCCUUUUCUUUUUUCUUCUUUUUAUGGGGAGUCAUGCCUAUUUGUGAGCGUAGUGUCUUUGUGCUUUCAUCCUUGGAACUUGAAACUUAUGAAAAUGAAUAGAUGAAAAGAAAGGAGAAAGAAAUACAGAAAAACAUAAACAGAAACUGGUUUGAUACCAUUUCAAAGGUUAAUUCUUCAUGGCCGAUACACUGCCCUCUAUGUUUAGAUCAGCUUGUCAUUACUUUCUACCUUCUUCAUCAAUAAGCAAGUGCCUGAAGUUGCUUACAAGAUGGAAUAGGAUGCUGCCAUGCAGGUUACCAGUGCUUUUUUUGUCCAGAAAACCUACUUAGUUGCACAGAACAGCAGAAAACUCUUUCUUCUCACAUAUAUAUUACUUUUCCAUGAGUCUGCAAGCUCAAAUCCUGUGAACAGAUGUUUCAUUACUUUCUUCGGAAUGCUUCUGUAAAUGGCAUGUGGUUACACUCAUCUACCUGUUCAUCUUUAUGUGAAAUUGUCUGAUGGUGGUGGAUGUGCAAGUGUCAUGAGCUUGUGAGAACUCCUUAGAAUGAUAAGAAUUUCAUUUGUGUAGUGAAUUUCUUCUUAUUCUCAUAAAACAGAAGGGAUAAACUGAAUAGCCAAUAUGUAUAUUACAUGACUCAAUGUAUAUAUAAAAGUAUGCACGUCAAAGUUGGAUCAUUAUUUAUUUA